AUGGCGCUCCUGAACGAGGCCUUUGCCCUCGGGGCGGCGCCGCAGGUGGCUCCUGUCGCCAGGCUCGCCUCCAAGCCAGAGCGCACCACGUCGGAGGUUUCGGCGCGAGGCUCAUCGUCGGUGCUGGUUGCCGCCGCUGCAGCUUUGGCGGUGGGGGUGGUGUCGAAGAGGCGGCCCGUGGAAGCGCGGCCGGCCGUGGCGGCAUUUGGCAAGAAGAAGGUGCCGAGCAAGAUCGUCUUGGCGGUAAAGGCCACUGCCGCCCAGGAGCCCAUGGAGAAGCCGCUGAAGGAGACGAAGCCUGAGGCAAAGGUCGACGUCAAGGAGCUCGGGGGCCGGCAACACAUGGCUCUCAGCGACGACCAAGUGAAGGUCGCAUUUGGAGUCCUGGCCGCUGCGGCAGCGGCGGUCAUGGCCGCAAACCCCGCGCUAGCCCAGGAGGUGCAGGAGGCGGCAUCGGCGGUUGCCGAUGCGGCAGCCGACGCAGGCGAGGAUGCCGAGGAGGUGGUGGGCACGGUUGCCAGCAGCGGGGGCGACGUGUUCGAGCCCCUUAUCCAGUUCAACGCCGGCAUCAUUGCCGGAAUCGACAACGUUGUCGAGGAUCAACUGCAUAUUCCGAACAGUUUCGGAUUCGCGAUCAUCUUCUACACCCUCUUCAUCAAGUUGCUCACCUUUCCCCUGAACCAGACGUCGCUCCGCUCCGCCGCGAUCAUGCAGCUCAUUAAGCCAAAGGUGGACCAGAUUCAGCGGAAGUACAAGAGUGAUCAGGAGACGCUGAACCGUAUGUUGCUCCGGCUCUACGACGACUGCGGCGUGAACCCGCUAGGAGGGUGCAUCCCGUCCCUCAUCCAGGUGCCUAUCUUCAUCGGCCUCUACCGGUCCAUCCUGAAGCUGGCUGAGAUCAAUCCCAAGUUCAAGGAGCCAUUCCUGUGGAUCCCCUCGCUGUCUGGACCGGUGUCUGGCAGCCCGAGCCUGGACUGGCUCCUUGGCUCGCAGUCGCCCACGGAGUACAUCCCGCUCGUGGGCUGGGAGGACGCUGCACGAUACCUGGUCCUCCCUAUCGGGCUGGUGGCCAGUCAGAUCAUCACCCAGAAAUUCACCAACCCUGAUGCCGGCAACCAGGGUGGCCCCGCAGCGAUCGUCAACAGCGUGAUCCCGUUGGUCAUUGGCUACACCGCCCUGGUGAGCCCACAGGGCCUCGGGAUCUACUGGCUGUGCAACAACCUCGUGACGAACGGCCAGACGCUCUUCAUCAAGAAUCAGCUGGGUGAGGAGUUCCCGGAAUAUCGCAAGUACCUGGAUGGCACACUGAAGAAAGAGGAGGAAGAGAAGAAGAGGGCCAAGGAGCUGAGGGCCCAGGAGGAGGAAGACUCGUUCAGCGGACCCGGCGUCGGCUUUGCAAACGUGCCUGCAAACAUGGUGGUGGAGGAGAAGGAAGUUGAGAAGGUCGCCGCAGCCAAAGUCGCGGCAGCGCCGAAGGCCCCGGAAAGGGCUUCUGAGGGAGGAAUGGGGAGGGGGUUCACCGGGCCCGGCUCAGCUUGGGAGGUCACGCUCCUCUCGGCGCAGGUGAUGGCAGGGAUCCAAGCUCACCUUGCCGGAGGUCGAUUUCAACAGACGUUUUUCCUCGAGGCUGGAGGAAGGCUCUUCAUUAUGUUCAGGUGUCUGGAUCCACAGCCUAGCCCGUUCAACCUCUGUGCGGCAGAGCGCUUUGCAGACGCGCCCAGCGCCCGGUCCGAGCGAUGCUUCGCAGCCAUUUGCAUUCACAUUGGCCAGGGCGGUGUGCAGAUCGGAAAUGCCUGCUGGGAGCUCUUCUGCCUCGAGCACGGAAUCCAGCCCGAUGGCCAGAUGCCCUCGGACAAGACCAUCGGAGGUGGCGACGACGCCUUCAACACCUUCUUCAGUGAGACUGGUGCAGGCAAGCAUGUCCCUCGUUGCGUCAUGGUCGACGGGGAUCUCGAGCCUACGGUCGUGGAUGAGGUGCGCACAGGCACGUACCGCCAGCUGUUCCAUCCGGAGCAGCUGAUCUCUGGCAAGGAAGAUGCUGCAAAUAAUUUCGCACGUGGCCACUACACCAUUGGGAAAGAGAUCGUCGAUUUGGUUCUCGACAGGAUCCGCAAGUUGGCCGACAACUGCACUGGUUUGCAGGGCUUCUGCGUCUACAACGCUUGCGGAGGCGGAACCGGCUCUGGCUUGGGCUGCCUCAUGCUCGAGCGCCUGUCCGUGGACUACGGGAAGAAGAGCAAGAUCUCCUUCACGGUCUGGUGCUGCCCUCAGGUGGCAACAGCAGUGGUCGAGCCCUACAACACCGUCUUGUGUGUUCACUCCCUGUUGGAGCACACGGACGUCACCAUCAUGUACGACAACGAGGCGCUCUACGACAUCUGCCGCAGGAUGCCGGAGCAGGUUCCGGAGCAGGUUCCGGAGCGGGCUUUCGAAGCGGGUUACGGUAUUCCUGCCGCGCCCUACCCGUCUCUAGCAGCACAGGCCGACCGUGUGGAAGCAAGCUUGGGAGCAUCGGCCUCAGAGGGGCCUUGCCCAGGCUAUGUGGACUUGCCUCACCGCCAGAACACGCUUGGGAACCUGGACAUCGAGCGUCCCACGUACACCAACCUCAACCGCCUCAUCGCUCAGAUCAUCUCGAGCUUGACGGCGUCCCUGCGCUUCGAUGGAGCCUUGAAUGUGGACAUCACGGAGUUCCAGACGAACCUGGUGCCCUACCCGCGUAUUCACUUCAUGCUCACUUCCUACGCCCCGGUCAUCUCCGCCGAGAAGGCCUACCAUGAGCAGCUGUCUGUGGCUGAGAUCACCAUGUCCGUCUUCGAGCCCGCUUCUAUGAUGGUGAAGUGCGAUCCUCGUCACGGAAAGUACAUGGCCUGCUGCAUGAUGUACCGCGGCGACGUGGUGCCCAAGGAUGUGAACGCAGCCGUGGCCACCAUCAAGACGAAACGCACCAUCCAGUUCGUGGACUGGUGCCCCACCGGCUUCAAGUGUGGCAUCAACUACCAGCCGCCCACUGUCGUGCCAGGUGGCGACUUGGCCAAGGUCAUGCGUGCUUGCUGCAUGAUCUCCAACUCGACGGCCAUUGCCGAAGUCUUCUCGCGCAUCGACCACAAGUUCGACCUCAUGUACUCGAAGCGCGCCUUCGUUCACCACUACGUUGGCGAAGGUAUGGAGGAAGGCGAGUUCUCUGAGGCUCGCGAAGACCUGGCGGCCUUGGAGAAGGACUACGAGGAGGUGGGCAUCGAGACCGCGGAGGGAGAAGGUGAAGAAGAGGGUCCCUGGGCAAAAGCUGGUGCAGGAGAUCUGGGGGCUUCCGAGGGCGGUGUGCAGAUCGGAAAUGCCUGCUGGGAGCUCUUCUGCCUCGAGCACGGAAUCCAGCCCGAUGGCCAGAUGCCCUCGGACAAGACCAUCGGAGGUGGCGACGACGCCUUCAACACCUUCUUCAGUGAGACCGGUGCGGGCAAGCAUGUCCCUCGUUGCGUCAUGGUCGACCUCGAGCCUACGGUCGUGGAUGAGGUGCGCACAGGCACGUACCGCCAGCUGUUCCAUCCGGAGCAGCUGAUCUCUGGCAAGGAAGAUGCUGCAAAUAAUUUCGCACGUGGCCACUACACCAUUGGGAAAGAGAUCGUCGACUUGGUUCUCGACAGGAUCCGCAAGUUGGCCGACAACUGCACUGGUUUGCAGGGCUUCUGCGUCUACAACGCUUGCGGAGGCGGAACCGGCUCCGGCUUGGGCUGCCUCAUGCUCGAGCGCCUGUCCGUGGACUACGGGAAGAAGAGCAAGAUCUCCUUCACGGUCUGGUGCUGCCCUCAGGUGGCAACGGCAGUGGUCGAGCCCUACAACACCGUCUUGUGUGUCCACUCCCUGCUAGAGCACACGGACGUCACCAUCAUGUACGACAACGAGGCGCUCUACGACAUCUGCCGCAGGAACCUGGACAUCGAGCGUCCCACGUACACCAACCUCAACCGCCUCAUCGCUCAGAUCAUCUCGAGCUUGACGGCGUCCCUGCGCUUCGAUGGAGCCUUGAAUGUGGACAUCACGGAGUUCCAGACGAACCUGGUGCCCUACCCGCGUAUUCACUUCAUGCUCACUUCCUACGCCCCGGUCAUCUCCGCCGAGAAGGCCUACCAUGAGCAGCUGUCUGUGGCUGAGAUCACCAUGUCCGUCUUCGAGCCCGCUUCUAUGAUGGUGAAGUGCGAUCCUCGUCACGGAAAGUACAUGGCCUGCUGCAUGAUGUACCGCGGCGACGUGGUGCCCAAGGACGUGAACGCAGCCGUGGCCACCAUCAAGACGAAGCGCACCAUCCAGUUCGUGGACUGGUGCCCCACCGGCUUCAAGUGUGGCAUCAACUACCAGCCGCCCACUGUCGUGCCAGGUGGCGACUUGGCCAAGGUCAUGCGUGCUUGCUGCAUGAUCUCCAACUCGACGGCCAUUGCCGAAGUCUUCUCGCGCAUCGACCACAAGUUCGACCUCAUGUACUCGAAGCGCGCCUUCGUUCACCACUACGUUGGCGAAGGUAUGGAGGAAGGCGAGUUCUCUGAGGCUCGCGAAGACCUGGCGGCCUUGGAGAAGGACUACGAGGAGGUGGGCAUCGAGACCGCGGAGGGAGAAGGUGAAGAAGAGGGCUAUGGCGACGAGUUCUGA